UAACAUCUCGCUCCGCCUUUGCCUUGCAGCUGUCACGGGCUUCGAGACCUGCAAUCAGUAUGAGUUGCGGAAUAUCAUGGGUCAGCGGAUCUUCAAGGUGCAGGAGAGGAGCACGGUGUGCGCUCGCUGCUGCUGCGGCUCCCUCCGCCCCCUCAACCUGCACGUCUGCGACUUCACGGGCCGAGAGGUCAUCCACUUCGUCCGCCCCCUGAAAUGUUCCAGCUGCUGCUUCCCCUGCUGCUUACAGGAGUUGGAGGUGCAGAGCCCGCCGGGUCAGACCAUCGGUUACGUAGCCCAGAUGUGGCACCCGUUCACCCCCAAAUACUGCCUCAUGACGGAGAGUCGGCAGCCGGUGUUGAAGGUGGUCGGGCCGUGUUUGAUGUCCAGCUGCUGCGGCGACAUUAACUUCCAGGUGAGACCAGACCCCACCGCCACCGCCGCUCCCCAUCUCU